CUAAUAAAGCUAGAAAAGCUGACCGGUGUAUCUGGCAAAUCUUCCAAAAGUUUCUUUCAACACGCUGCACAUAGAAAUUGAUUGUAAAAAUAUGCGAGGAAAGUUACUUUUCUGUUUUGUUGCCUUGUUUGUGCUUGGACUAUGUCAGUCUUCGAUUGAUCUGCGAACGUCGUCUGGACAGUUUCUGGAGAGGAUAUUGAAUGGACGUGGAAGAAGUGGCGGGAAUCCUGAAAUAGGAACUAAUACUUUAAAUGAAGGUUCAGAAAUGAUGAGCGCAUCCAGAAGGGCAGGCAUGUACAAUGUCAAUAACAGACGACAGGGGGUUCUUCCAAUCGGGAUUACUUCCAGACGCGGAGGAAUGUACAACGCCAACGGCAGACGACAACGACCGUGUAAACGAAGAUGGUGGAGAAGAUGCUAAAACGCACUCAAACCAGGGGGUUAUUUUCAAUUUUGACAUUAAUCGUAAUACUAGUCUAUGAUUUGAAUUCAAAGGAAUUCAUGUUUAUUCAUCACUUUUCUUGAAAAAGCUGAUUCCUUUAUAAAUUGUACCUUUUUACAGAUAUAUUCUACUAUAGAACAUGUACAUACAUGUAUAUUUCUUCACAUAUGACAGUGAAACUGGAUUUGUGUGUAUAUUGCAUUUAAUAGUGGUGUUGAAUUAAACAAGAUAAAUAAAAUGAUAGCUUUUUCCUC